CAUGCUCGCUGUAUCCCGCUCCUGCUAGUACCAAUAUUCUAUUUGAGUUUGUUGGCCUACCCAUUCCCACCUUUUUGAAACAUGCUCAAAAUGUUUGUUGACGGACUGCUCAACAGGAAGGUAGCACGCAGGAACCUCGCACGCCAGCGCCGGGAGGACCAAAGACGGGAAUACUGGUCUUCUCGCCUGCCUAAUCCAGGCCCGAAAUAUAGCAAUUGCAUUUCCCCGCGCGGCAAGGUGCCGGCGGGACAGGAAGACUCCAUAUUUUUUGUCAAGCUGCCCCUCGAGCUGCGGAUCGCCAUUUACCAGAGGCUUUAUGGGGAUCUCACAGUUACGCUCUCCUUUUUCGAUGACCCCGAUGCCUCAACCUUCAGAGUAAAGGGGAAUCACGAAGAGUGGCUUUUCUCUUUUCCGAAGACGUGUUUGUUGGCCUACCUCGAAUCUACGGAGUGCAUCUACAAGUGCAUCACUUUUCACUGUAGAGAAAUUGCUUGCAUGCAGAUACUCCCUUGCUUCAUCGCUCCUACAUGGCUGCAGACGAUUCAAUCCCUUAGGGUCCACUUCCCAGUCAAAGGCAUUUACAAUACGCCCUGGCAGGCGAACCUCCCACCGCAAAACGAGGAGACAUGGGAAAAGGCCUGGGACGUCAUAUCCAGCAUGCAGGGACUGAAAUCACUGGUGGUUAACCUCACAGCCGGCGGCACCUUGGUCUUUGAGCACACUGAAACGCAACUGUCAAAGACUUUGAAGAAGGCUUGUGGGGUACAGACAUAUCUGGUGUCGAUAGAUUGGCCUCCGUCCUCCUCGGCUUUUUCUGACACCAACUCCACUCCAUGGGAGCUUGAGCUGAGACAUUUCGCUGUUUGAUAUACAAGAUCUAUUUAUUCUAACAAGAGGUUUACAUGAAACGACAUGCUUGAGAAGUAUCCAAUAUCCCCAUGCAAUCUGAGUCUAUCCAACCUCAUGUUUCAUUAGCAAGUUAUGCAAGGGAUAUAUCGCAUGCUAAUCUCUGUUAGUAUGCGGACUAGCUGCUGUGCAGGAAUAGGGACCUACGGAUUUAUCCUGAAGAUAACGCCAUUUAUCUCGAUUUUUCCCCCGAACUUGAUGUCAUUUG